AUGUUGCAAUGGAUGGGAGGAUCGAGGCGGAAAGUAGCAACUUCGAGGAAGUCUACACAGCAGAGGCAAAAGCAAUACUUUGAACAAAGAAGACGACAACAACAGCAUCAGGGGCAAACAACUGGGUUAGAGAGCUAUGCAGAUGGAAUAAACAUAUCUGGGCAACAUCACAAAGAACAUCGGUCGUUGGAUAUUCUCAGUUUUCUGAACUUGUCAACGACUGCUCAAGAACAUAAAUCUGCUUGCCCCAGUCGAAAGGAAGAUGUAGAAGUCAAUGCUUCAAGAAUGAAGUAUGAUAUCACAAAGGAUCCACCAACAAUACCUCCAAAGAUGGUUGCUCCUCUCAACUCUGUUGAAUUUAACCAAGCAAUGAUAUAUGAUGAUACAGGAGCUGAAUCAGGCUUCCGAGAGGAGAUUGCAUCACCAAAAAAGGUUAUACCUAAUCAUAACAAGUCUUUCAAUGAAAUUAAUUCUCAACCAGAUAACUGCAGGACAGGUGCUGACCAGCAGUUUUCUGUAGUUGAUUUUUUUGGCGAUGAUGGGUUGAAUGACUACGUAGAAGGCAGCCCAGUACAAGAAGCUCAUGUUGCAUUUUCAGUUGAAGGUUUGGGUAAAGUGGGAAUGGAAACACCAGUCCAUUCACCAAAACAGCCGGCAAGAACAUUCACCUAUGAUUGCUCCUCGCCGUUGAAUGCUGCAAGGCAACCAAAAUCAUUCAAGAACCAUAAGAAUCUGGAUGACUUUGAAACUGAAAUGGAUGCAAUGAUGCAAGAUAUCAAUAUGCCCCUAUGUAGCAGUGGUUUAGAGUUUUCUAUCAAUUCAAUGGAUUCAUUUGGUUAUUCAAAGCAGAAAUUAUUAAGACAAGAUGGUCACAGUGGUAAACUAGAUAGUUAUUAUGGAUCCAGGAGAAUCUUUGACCAUGCUGAAAAUUGCAGCAAAGAUAAAUGGGAUGGUAGGCGUUGCUUCCAAGAUGAAACCUCUUUUAAUGAAUGGGAACAUGAUUUAUCAUGGAAGAGGCCAAGUGAAAUGAACUGUGAUUCUGUUGAUAAUUUGAUGCACGGAACGUAUAAGAUGCCAGAUUUUACUUUUGAAGGUCCCUUUUCACCGUUGAGACACCCUACAGUAGGAAGGAGUUUUGAUUUUGGAGGUGUAACCAACCAACCAGAUUGGUCUUGCUUUGUGACUGAUGAAAGGGAUAAUUUGAGCUUGCUAAGCGAAGAAUCAUGCUCAUCAAGUGCAGUGAGAGUCAAUGCAAUUGAUAAUUCACUGUCAAAGUCAACUAGGAAUCGGAGCAAGAGAAGACAUGACAAUGCAUAUGCUGGACCAGAAUAUCAUGCAAAUGUAACUUCUACAGGAAAGACACAUGACAAAAGCAGACAUGUUGUUCACCCAGAGAAUAUUGCACACGGGUCAGGAAAAUGUACAAAGAUGUCAAAUUCAUCAAAGUUAAAACCAUCCCACUACUCAAACUCUCCUUUCGAUGGAAAGUUAACCCCAAACAGCAAUUGGUUCGCUGAGGAGCGAUAUAUGUCGGUUAAUAUAAAUUCAGUUUCCAGUUCUUUCCAUCAAAAUUCAGAUACAAACUGUCCAUCUGCAGGCUCGAAGCUCUUGUUUGGAGAUCCUUUUAGUGCAAGUCCUGUCCCAGAAUUACAUCUUGAUCCUAGAUCUCCUUCUGAACAUUCUGAACCUGUUGCAAGUUCACCUUCUGGCAGUUUUGUUACUGAGAAAUUUGAAUUUCAUGAUUCUCCUACAACUUCUAAGAUAGGGGUUGGAUCAACAAAAACAGAGUUGUUUCCCUAUUCUCCUGGAAACACACCAUCUCCUGAUUUAUCAGCGCAGGAAAGUGUCAGCAAAGUUGAGGGAAGAAAAGCAGAAUCCCAGCCCAGCGAAGAAUUUAAGCUUGAGGAAGAAAAUUGUAUUAUGAACAACGGUUUGUUCACAGAAAACAAUGAUGAAAUGGGUGCUUUAACAUCGAAGAGCAAGAACAGUGAAUUUAAGGAAGCAAAAGAUGGAGCUCCAGGACUAAAGGCAAGUGUGAAGUCAACCUAUUUUCCUGACCAUGCAGAGAAGGUAUCAUCGUCUCUGAAGACUCCAGGCAAAUUUGAAAGCAAAAUAGAUGGCAAGGAGUUUUCAUUGUUUCCAGAGAUCACCAUGGUUAUGAAAUUCCUCUUCCAUGUCAACAUCGGAACAAAGACUAAUGUGCUUCAUUCACUUAUUAAUGCAGAAAUGGAACAUGCUGAGCCUCAGGAAAGAAAGAAAGAAACUAAACAACAAGGUGAUGUUGUUGACUCAUCUUGUCGGGUGAUGAUGCUUCAGAGCUAUGUUCAGUUUCUCUGUGUGCAGAAGGUGCUGAAGGCAGCUGCCCAGACUGGCAUAAAGAAGAAAUAA